CCGCUGAGCCCCUUUGUGCCCCCAGACAAGCGAAGCCUGUUGGCGAAGGAGCUGCUGAGCCUCUCGCCCAGCCAGCGCAGCCACAUGCUGCUCACCGUGCCCCUCAGCCUGGCAGAGAAACGCAUCCUCCGGCAGGAGCUGAGCUGGCAGAGGGGCACCCUGAGGCAGCACGCCCAGCACUCCUCCUCUCCCUGCGGACGGUCCAAGGACUACAUCACCCUCAGCUGCCGGGGCCUCUGGUACAGGCUCCUCUCCGUGCUCCCCGCCGCACAGCCCUGGCACUACGCCCUGAAGCAGAUCAGCGGCCGCUUUGGCUCCAGUGUCCUCUCCUACUUCCUCUUCCUCAAGACACUCCUUAUGUUCAACAUCUCAUUCCUCAUUCUCCUGGUCUUUGUGGUGGCCCUGCAGGCUGCGUAUCCCCCUGCCUCGGCAAACCCCCAGCCCUUCACCGGCCUCGAGCUCCUCACUGGAGCGGGCUACUUCACUCACUCGCUGCUGUACUACGGCUACUACAGCAACAUCACCCUCAAUGACCCCUGCGCCUCCAGCCCCAACAGCAGCACGUGCCCCCUCGCAGCCCCCCCGCUCCCGUACAACAUGCCGCUGGCCUACAUAUUCAGCAUUGGGGUCACCUUCCUCAUCACCUGCGUCCUGCUGGUGUACAGCGUGUCCCGCUCCUUCCGGGAGAGCUACCGCGUGGGCAGCUCCAUGGGGGACCUGGCCGUCAAAGUCUUCUGUGCCUGGGACUUCAAGGUGAUCCAGAGGCGCUCAGUGAAGCUGCAGUGUGAGAACAUCUGCACCCAGCUGAAGGAGCUGCUCACGGAGCGGCGGUCCCGCUCGACCUCCCUGAGCCUCUGCCAGCGCCUGGGGCGCACUGCUGUGCUUCUCCUGGGCUGGGCCCUCUCGCUGAGCAUGGUGCUGGGCUGCGUGUUGGCUGUGCACUACUUCUCAGAGCACAUGCACGUGAUUCAGGAGGACCACCGAGCGCGGGGCAGCAGCAAGCAGCAGCAGGAAGCCAUCCUGCUGGUCCUGCCCCUCAUGGUGUCUGUCCUCAACGUGCUGAUGUCCCACCUGUACAACUUGCUGGCGAUGUGGGAGAAGCAGGAAUCCCCUGUGGCGCAGGUCUACGUGGCGAUCUGCAGGAACCUCAUUCUGAAGAUGGUGAUCCUUGGCCUGCUCUGCUACCAGUGGCUCAGCCGGAGACUCAUCUGCUCGACAGAGGAGUGCUGGGAGACGUGUGUGGGGCAGGACCUGUAUCGCUUCGUGGUGAUGGACUUCAUCUUCACCCUGCUGGACACGCUCUUUGGGGAGCUGGUCUGGAGGCUGAUCGUGGAGAAGAGGCUGAAGAGGAACCAGAGGCCAGAGUUUGACAUUGCCCGAAACGUGCUGGAGCUGAUCUAUGGGCAGAGCCUGACCUGGCUGGGCGUUCUCUUUGCACCACUCCUGCCAGCCGUGCAGAUGCUGAAGCUGGUGCUGCUGUUCUAUAUCAAAAAGACCAGCCUGAUGCAUAACUGCCAGUCCCCCAGCAAGCCCUGGCAAGCAUCUCGCAUGAGCACCGUCUUCAUCACCCUGCUGUGCUUCCCAUUCUUCCUUGGUGCAGCCGUCUUCCUCUUCUACACCAUCUGGUCGGUGCGGCCGUCAGAAACCUGUGGUCCCUUCCAAGGGCUGGAAACCAUCUAUGAGUCAGGGAAGACCUGGGUGCAAGUGCUGGAGAAGUCCAACCCAAACAUCACCUGGUUCGCCUGGGUCCACCAGCACCUGGUGGAGAACACCUUCCUCCUGUUCUUCAUGUCCGGGGUCCUGCUGUGA